AGGUUUCUUAAAAGUGCCUCGGAUAUGUAUAUGUAGCGGCAACAAUGGUUUUGAUGAUAGCCAACACAUCAUUGAUGACAUGAAUGACAGUGGGUGAAUUAUGACAUUUAUCGCCAAAAUAACGUAAGAUUCCAUAGAGAAACUUAUUAUAGUGACUGUAUUAAUUAUGGAUGCAUUAUCACCGGAAGUCAGAGAGGAGUACCAGCAUUUCAUAAACGUUGUAUAUGCUUUCCUUACGUACAAGAACGAUGGCUCCAUUGAUGCGCAACGCAUAUACAGGUCCAUGCAGCUGCUGUCGGAUGAUGACAAAUCACUGCUUAUCGAGAAACCAGCUGCACGUGUCAUGAAGGUGAUACACGCCCUUUUCAUGAACCAGCGCUUCAUCAACGCAAUGCUAAGCUGUUUCUGCGGAGAGACCAUACAAUCAGAGGAUGAUAUAGAUGACGGCAUAACGCCCCCGGUACUAACCAAGCGCGAUGGCAACCCCCAAAAUAGGAAAUCUACUAUUUUGGGCCAGCUGAGGACAGUUGUACGCAAUUCACCCUUUUGGAAAAUGCCACCAGGAGUUAGUGACGAAGAGAUCGUACCCACUGCUGACCCCGAGGUACUCGCCAGGAAUAUGAACUGGGUUAGGACUACACUAAGGCAAUUUGUACGCGAUUGGUCCCAUGAAGGUGAAGCGGAGCGCCAGCAGGCUUUCGCACCAUUGUUGGAAAGCCUGCUGCGGUACGUACCAAUCACGGACCCUAGGAACCCACCAAAGGUGCUGUGCCCAGGCUCUGGCCUGGGAAGACUGCCGUAUGAGGUACUCAUGCUGGGAUAUGAAAGCCAGGGCAACGAGUUCUCAAGUUUCAUGCUCAUUGGAGCCUAUUUUGCCACUAACUUCAUGGACAAGCGGUACGCAUACAAACUGUACCCAUACUGCCUCUCCACAAGUAACCUCGUCAAACACGAAGACCAGAUGUACGCCUGCCGAAUACCAGAUGCAGCGCCCGCAGAACGCGAUGGAACUGGAUUAUUCAGCAUGUGUACAGGCGAGUUCACCGAGGUCUACGCUAAUUCAGACAACACUUUCAACGCAGUUCUCACAUGCUUCUUCCUGGAUACAGCGAAAAACGCUGUGGCGUACAUACGCACGUGCGCUAGAAUAAUCGUCCAAAACGGACUCUGGGCAAACUUCGGGCCUUUACUGUACCACUACGCAGAUUUCAACCACAACUCAGUGGAACUAUCAUGGGAAGAGCUACGGCACAUAAUAUCGAUAUGGUUCAAUAUCGUAAAGGAAGAAUGGCGUGACGCCAACUAUACAUCAAACCCACUGAGCAUGAUGAAGACACAUUACAGAUGCAUAUAUUUCGAGGCCAUAAGGAACGAAGUCGAGGUGUUUGGCUAUUCCAACCCGUUUUAAAAUGGGCUAGAGCCAGGUGGCAUGAAAUGUAGCAGGCCCACAGGAAACUGGUUUAUUAUAUACAAACC